CCUUCGCUGCUGCGUGAGCGGCUGUCCCCGGAAACUCGGACCUGGCCAUCUCUUCCCUUGGAAGAUCUCCCAGCCAUCUAGUUUCCCCUCUCGGCGUCCGGGUUCCGGCAGCGCGGAGCUCAUCCGCCUCGGAGACCGCGACUGUGGUUUUCGGCUUUUCCGUUGAAGAUCAGCGGUCUGUAGAGAUCUGCUCCUGGGCACGCCUGUGUGGAAGGAGAGAUUGGAAACUGAGUAAUAGGAAUGGGGAAAGACAGGCAUCUCGCUCUUUUCGCUCCGUAGGAAAACCGUUUCCGUGUCUCCAUCUCCAUCCUUCAGCAUUCCCCUCGUGCUGUCCUCCCUCUCCAGCCCGUCUGUCCAUCUCUCCAUCUGUCCGUUCAAGUCCGUGUCCAUAACAAGCCGCAUCCCUAGCAGUGGCGGUUUUGCUAGAGCCGGGAAGAAACUUAAGGAUGCUUCCAUUUCCACUGUGGAACGAAUUCUGAUCGCCCGGAGAGCAGGGCGGCGCGCAACCAAUAGCCACCUGUCCCGUCCGGGAGCCUUGCAGGCUGGAGGGCGGCUGGAGAGCCGCGGCGCCCGGCGGCGACGUGGGCGCUGCGGGCCGGGACACCGGCGGUGCCCACCAACCGCUGCGCCCCGGGACCGCCAGCAUGAGCAAGCCCGCCGGAUCAACAAGCCGCAUUUUAGAUAUCCCCUGCAAAGUGUGUGGUGACCGCAGCUCCGGGAAGCACUACGGGGUCUACGCUUGCGACGGCUGCUCCGGGUUCUUCAAGAGGAGCAUCCGAAGGAAUAGGACCUAUGUCUGCAAGUCCGGAAACCAGGGAGGAUGCCCGGUGGACAAGACACACAGAAACCAGUGCAGGGCGUGUCGACUAAAGAAGUGUUUGGAAGUCAACAUGAACAAAGAUGCGGUGCAGCAUGAGCGGGGGCCUCGGACGUCCACCAUCCGCAAACAGGUGGCCCUCUACUUCCGUGGACACAAGGAAGACAACGGGGCCGCUGCACACUUCCCCUCUGCAGCGCUGCCAGCUCCCGCUUUCUUCACUGCAGUCACGCAGCUGGAGCCGCACGGUCUGGAGUUGGCCGCAGUGUCUGCCACCCCCGAACGGCAGACCCUCGUGAGCCUGGCUCAGCCCACGCCCAAGUACCCCCAUGAAGUGAACGGGACCCCGAUGUAUCUUUAUGAAGUGGCCACAGAGUCCGUGUGCGAGUCAGCCGCCAGGCUUCUCUUUAUGAGCAUCAAGUGGGCAAAGAGUGUCCCGGCCUUUUCCACCUUGUCAUUGCAAGAUCAGCUGAUGCUUUUGGAAGACGCGUGGAGAGAACUGUUUGUUCUAGGAAUAGCACAAUGGGCCAUUCCGGUUGAUGCUAACACUCUACUGGCUGUAUCUGGCAUGAAUAGUGACAACACAGAUUCCCAGAAGCUGAACAAAAUCAUAUCUGAAAUACAGGCUUUGCAGGAGGUGGUGGCGCGGUUCAGACAGCUCCGAUUAGACGCCACUGAAUUUGCCUGUCUGAAAUGCAUUGUCACUUUCAAAGCUGUUCCUACACACAGCGGUUCUGAACUGAGAAGUUUCCGGAAUGCUGCCGCCAUUGCUGCUCUUCAAGAUGAAGCUCAGCUAACUCUCAACAGCUACAUCCACACCAGAUACCCCACGCAACCCUGCCGCUUUGGGAAGCUCCUGUUGCUUUUACCAGCUUUACGUUCAAUUAGCCCAUCCACCAUAGAGGAAGUAUUUUUCAAAAAGACCAUCGGCAAUGUGCCCAUUACAAGACUGCUUUCAGAUAUGUACAAGUCCAGUGACAUCUAAGCUCUUCAUCACCCGCUUUCCAAGGUGGGACAGUAGCGGACAGAUUUCUGCCUUGCAGGACAAGCCUCAACUAACAAACCCUCCUGGAAGGAGAAACCUGGAGAAAACAAUGCCAGUGGACACAGAACACUAGCUAUGACCUGCUGCUCCGCGGAAGUGGGGUGGCUGGAAAGGCCGUGGUACACACACUGUUGCCAUGCCCUGGGGUGGGCGACCUGGGGCCACCACAGGCCACGCCAGUCGUUCUGCCUCUGACCCGGAAGAUCCAGCUGAACUCUUCCAAGUGGAAAGACAAGUCCCACUUCCUUUUCCCUUUUAGCACACGAAGUCAGCUGAUCAACAAUAGCUUUGUGUAACAUCAUCCUGCGGCCUUCAGAACUCGGUCGGGUUGGAGCGUCUACUUUAAAAAUAAUGCUUAGGUUUUAAAUCAAAAGUAUUAUCAAAAAAAUUCCCUUCUAUCAUAAUACUUCAUUAAGUGGCCUUCAGAACCAAGUGAGUAAGUGAAACGUAGCUUAUGCUGUGUAAUCCCCCCUCCCCCUCCCCUGUUCCGUUCUUUCUCCUUCUUUUCUUAGCACCACGGGCCAGGCAACCUCAUCAAAGGAACAGAUGACCAAAAGGAGUUUCCCACCAAGACUUCUGGUUGGACAGCAUCUCAAAGCAGAAGACCUCUACAGAAAGAACCUUAGUCCGGGCAGGAGAACUCCAAACAGCAAAACCAAAUCCAGUGGAGCCAGGAGACUGGUGAGGCUGGUCGCUGUCCCGCCACCACAGUGCUGAAGCCCAAGGCUGCAGGGACAGCAAGUCACACCAGAGGGUACAUGAACAUGCAAGCCAGAAGGAACUUCAAGGAGGUGCAUGCUAAACAGGUUCCUGACCAUUCCGUUGCUAACAGCCUGGGACUCUAGAAUGCCUUUCAGAAAAUCCUGGUUUCUAAUAAAGCUUCAAAUGCAUAUACACACACACACACACACCCCACAUCGUCCUACACACUACGCUGCUCCUUGGGUAUGAAUCUAUACUUACGGAAAUGUAGAAACAACCCUUUUUAAAUAGCUGCUGUCCUUUUCACAUUUAUUAGGUACUAGCACCAAGGGGAGGGGGGAAAUUCAGCACUUGGACUAGCAUAGGAUGAGUCGAACUUCUCUUGUACAAAGUGAAUUAACUAAUUUGUGAAGUUAAAAGGUUGUACUCAUUGUAUUUACAAAGAAUAAAAAUAUAUUGAAUUUAA